AUCACGGAUGGUUGAGAAGUAUACGAGGAAUCGAUGCGGGCAUAGAGAUUGGGGACUAAUGUAAGAGAAUCAGAGUUUAAAAGUGAGACUUGGGUGAAGAGAGGAGAGAGGAGAGAUUCUCUGGAGGGGGGAGAAGACGCCGUGAAGCACAGCAGCCUCCGAUAUAAACCCUUCGUAAAACCUUUGGUUUCUUUCUGCCUCACGUUUUUCAUGGAUCUUUGUUAACCCGACCCGGUUAUAAUAUUUAUUUGGGCUCAAAGCUUCUGUUUCCACGAGUUUUUUUUUUUUCAACUAGCACGGGUUACUAAUUAUUAUAAACGUUAUAUAUAUAAAUAUUAUUAAAUGUAAAUUUAAAUAAAAAUAUUUAUUUUAUCGGAAUUUUACAGAUAAUUAAAUUAAAUUUAAAAUUAAAUAUUGAAAAGUAAUAAUAAAUUUUUUAAACUAACACCUAGUGCCUCUAUACAUGCAUAAUGUGUUUCACUCACGAAUUGCGGGGGUUGUUUGUGUGUAAUUAGUGUUAAAUGUUAUGGAAAUUAUCUGUUUAAAAAUUAAUGUGUGUUCAACUUGAGAUUUCUCCCGCUUAUAAAAAUAAACAUGUUUGAUUUGGGAUAAAUUAUCUAGUUAACUGAUUUUUAAAAUAAAUAUGAUGAUGAAACGGUGAAUUGAUGAAAGAUGGAUGCCAAGUUAACUUCUUCAGUUUAUCCCCUUUAGUGAUGGGUAAACAUCAAGUUAAUAAGUUGGUGAGACUUGCCGUGUGACAAUUCUUUGUAUUUUUAGAGAUAAUGUUGAGUAGGAUCAAUUUGUAAGAUGACCAUAUUCUAAUCUCUCUAGUAGGAUUGCUAAAAAUACACAGCCGGUACGCGGCUACAUGUUUCCAACAACGACAACAAUAACGCAUUCCUCAUGCCAGGAUUAUUCCAAGACUAAACAUAACAUAAUGGAUGAUAUUGAUGAGAUCUAAUACCUAUCCAAUCUUUUGACCAUUGACCAGUUGAAAUAGUUUUUUUCUGCCAUAUUGAGUCAAUCAAUACACGCACCACACAACCGCCAAACUUUCACCCAACUUCUUUUUCUUUUAUUAGACUUAGAGCCAUUUUCUUAGUUGGUAUUGUUAUCCGUUCAAUUAAUUACUCCAUUAAAAUCCUCAAGUAAAGCAACCCCUAGUUUCCUAAUAAUCGUCCAUUGUGAAAUCAUAUUUAAACCCUUCAAAGAAGCUGAAUAGAACAAAACAAGCACCAACACUAACAUUGCAAAUCCAAAACACCAGUUCACAAAAUCAAGAAUUGAUGAGAAAAUGGAGGAAACAGGGCGUAAAGGAGUUCCAUUUCCAGGUUUUGAGAUGAGUGUUCACAACGACGACUGUGUAUUCCGGGGAUCUUUAAGCUGCCGUCUUCAGAGACGAGCUCCUUGUCCUCUCUUAGUACCACCAAGACCUCCUCCUUCCACCGUAGCUCCUUCCGCGUCUGCGUCUCUGCUCUGUCAAAACGGCACAGAUCCAAUCCCUCUAUUGUCCCCACUUGUUCUUCCUUCCAUGCUUCAACCUAAUCCCAUCACGACCUCUCGUUGACUCUUUCUCUUUCCAAUCUCUUAGGUUUUUGUUUUCUUUCUUUCCUGUAAUGACAAUGUUCUCAACUCACUUAUCUAUUUUAUCUUGGAUAAUUUUUGUUUUUAUUUGAUUUUUUUCAUAAUCUAGAUUAAAAAAAUGUCACUGUCUCUAUUCAGAUUCACAUUUUCUCGAGUCUCGACCCUUGAUUUUCUAUUUGUACAUUAAUCUGUCUGUUUUCAUUGACACAAUAAUAUUCCACCAA